CAUGCCGCGCGGCGUGCCGAGUAACGCCUCGGCAACGGAGAGUGAAACCGGCCGCGCCGCGCGGAGAAAGUCGCCGCCGCUGACUGACCCACAUGCGUGCGGCGCGGCUGGCAGCGGACGGUCGCCACUCGCCCGCCGUUGUCCGCCCCGACCGGAGAUCAGCGCGCGCCCGGGAGCCGAGCGCCGUGACACGUGACCGUGAGCGAGCGGCGGAGACGAGUCACCCGUGGCACCCCAGCGCGCCGCCGCGCCGUGACGCCGACUGAGUGACCCUGACCGCGCCCAGUGGAAUGUGCCAGUGACCUUCUGUGACCUGCUGUGACCUGCUGUGACCUCGUGCCACACGCUGCCAGGCCCCAGACGGCCGACAGCCUAUGCCGAGAGAGAGGAGCGGGCAGCGUCCGGCUCGCUAUGCGGAUGAAGCUAUGCUGGCUGGUCCUGUCGUUCGCUGUGUGCGGUGACCUGGUCUCUGGACAGCCUCAGGGCAACUCGUCGUCAGUAUCGGCAACAGACGUCGCCGAUCGUCACAGGAGUCGGCGGGAUGCCGGCAGCUGCUUCUACAAUGGCGAGAUGUACCGGUGCUUUUUCUCCAUCACCUGCAUAUUCUCCGGAGGGAAGCUGAUGCCCGGCUGCGGCAGUCUGCUCUACUCGUGCUGCGUUCCGGAGUCAACCAAGCGGCACAGUGGCACGCGCCACGACCGCGGCUUUCGGUUUCCCUCGCUGCCGCUGACGGUGCCCCGGCUGCCGCCGCCGCGGCUCGUCUUCCGUCGGCCGCCGCCGCAGCAGCGCGGCUUCGGCACGCGCCACUUCUCCGGCCGCCGGCCGCGGCCGCCGCCGUACCACCUCUCUGCCCCGGCGCCGACCAGCGCGCCGCCGCCGCCGCCGCCGCCGCCGGCCUCCCGAGCCGACGGCAACUACAGGCGAUCGCACGGCGACUUCUCGACACGACCGGCACUCAACGAGAUCGCCGGCCCCGUCAUCAGGGACCCCGAGUGCGGGGUGCCGCGGCCGAGCAUACAGAAGCGGAUUAUCGGCGGUCACGAGGCCAGUUACGGCGAGCUGCCCUGGCAGACGCACAUCCGCAUCCUGGGCUACCAGUGUGGCGGGGUGCUGGUCAGCAGGCUGCACGUGGUCACCGCCGCCCACUGCGUGCACAGGGCCGACCUGAAGGACAUCAAGGUGCACCUUGGCGAGUACGACACCAAGGACACGGGCUUCUACCCGGAGCCGUACCCGUCGGCGGUGCGAGCCGUGGCCGAGGUGCGCAUCAACCCGCGCUUCCACUACAUGCUCACCCAGCCGGACAGGUUCGACGUGGCCGUGCUGCGGCUGGACUUCCCGGUGGAGUACCGGCCCAACAUCCUACCCAUCUGCCUGCCGCCGGACCGGGCCGACUUCACCGGACAGGUGGCCGUCGUGGCCGGCUGGGGCAAGACCGACAACUCGUUCAGUAAGACGGGCACCAACAUUUUGAACAAGGUGCCUGUACCGAUCAUCAGCAACCAGGAGUGUCUGCGGUGGCACUACCAGAAGCACAUUGACCUGCAGCUGCACGCCGAGAUGUUCUGCGCCGGCCACGAGACCGGCCAGAGGGACGCCUGUCUGGGCGACUCUGGCGGGCCGCUGAUCGUGCUGCACGGCGGCCGGUGGACGCUGGCCGGCAUCACGUCGGCCGGCUUCGGGUGCGCCGUCGACCACCAGCCGGGCAUCUACCACAAGGUCUCCAGCAGCGCCGACUGGAUCCGCGACAACAUCCGCGACUGAUGGCGCUGCCGGCCGCACUGCCGCGGUGCCGCUGAGCGCUGCCCGCCGACCGCACUGCCACUGAGGGCCCUCAUGGGCCGGGUCAGACGGCCGCACUGAGAGCUCUCAGGACCAAGUUGGACGGCCGCACUGCCACUGAGCGCCCUCAGGGCCAGGUCGGACGGCCGCUGAACGCUGUCAGGGCCAGGCCGGACCAUUAGUGGUCCAGAUGGCAUGGUGGGUCCUCUGCGGUACAAAGUAGAACGGUUCAGGGACAUUCUCAUCACGUGCAGAACGUGAGGAAUGCGUCGGAAACAGGGAUUCGUAACCCGGGAACAUCCUGAAGACCUGAGCACACUGAAGGAUGGUUCCCAGGCCGCAGGCAGAGGAACCAUCCCAGGCCGCUUGGCUGGUGUGGUCCAGCGAUCUCUGGCGGUAGCCGGUGUCUUGUGACGUGACUUGAUGAGAAGUUACGGUGCUAUUCCAGAGCUGGUGACGCUCGCUGCUUAGGAAACUCGAUGUCGCGGCAACAUGUUCGGGAAUUCGCCGCCCUGACUUCGUUACGAGUUCGCUCCUCUCACCGCGACCCGUGUUACCUAUGUCGAAUAUAGCGCAAUUGUUGAACUGACGGUGAUAUUCACCAGUUGGUGCACCGUGAAAGGAGUUACCUACUGUUGGCCGGAAUAGCGAGCACUUUUGUAUCGGAGACAACGGAUCGUUACGGUUAGCGCGCGGUAACGGCUGAGGAGAGGCUGCACACUGAUUCAUCUGCACAUACGGCCCCGCACACUCGAUAUCCAGCACUGGCGCGCAAUCGGUGGUAUAGGAACACCUGCAGUUUGUUAUUACGAGGCUCCGAUUCCGAGUUGAUCUCGCUCUCAACUCCAAAUGCAUUACAAAUUGUCGGAUGAGAUAAAAUCUAGCAAUAUGAGUCACGGAGUGCACAAUCUGAUAGAUAUUGUACUGCGGAGAGGCAGCAUAUCAAAUGCUGCACACCGUGUCGAAGCUGUUUUUAUCCGUGUUCUAUGCACGCUGCACCACUGAGUGCACCGAGCAGCACCGCUACUCGCUGGCACGGCACCGCUGCUCCGGUAACGAUCGGGAAGGUCCUAUGUACGUGUUUAUGCAGAGCCGCGGGAAUUCUGGUGGAACGAUGAGUGUAGUAAGUAGUGCUAGUGUCGGGACGCUGUUGCGCUGUCAGUGUGCUGCCGAUACUGGGUGUCAUGUGACGCCUGCUUUGCGCAGUGAGUGUCGCCGGGUGACACAAGGUUACCGAAAAGUAUCAACAGAGGUCGGCCCGGCGGAAAGCGCUGUAUAGGUUACCAUUAGCAUUUUGGGGUCCAAAUGGGUGAUCGGACCUUGCUCGUACGAGGAACCCGAGAUUACUGAGACUGCCUUAUUUUAUUGGAAGCUUUAUGACAAUGAACUUUUGAUAAAUACUGCCUUCCAUUUACUCAUCUGAAUGCAACGUAUGUACGUGAAUCAGGGUUCGGUUCUGCAUGUCUUAACAAUUUUAGAGUUCGGGAUGGCUGCAACAAGCCGCUACCUGAAUUCAGCCAUGUUCGUACCGCGCAGUGUCUGUUGAUGUUUCACUGCUGCUGCCGUGUGUCUGGCGCCGUCGCGACGGUCGCCGUAUGCCUGCUGAUGAGAACGGUAUUUACAUUGUUGUACGUUAGUGGUGUGACGUCGCUGCUGUUGGCGCCGCUGUUGGCUCGUUGUGGAUUGUUUCGAACUCCUCGGGCGGGCUCCGCGCUGGCGACAGGCCCGCUGCGGGGACGGGGUUCCAGUGACUACGCAGUCUUUCCUGGUAUAUCGCCUGAUCGAUGUUUAGAGUCGGAUCGCUGGACAUGAUGACGUACAAUACAUGGAAGGUUGUACCAACUACCAACCCAAACAGCCCGGCUUUGAUU